AUGUCCUCCGAUUGCUCCAUCCCGCAGUCAGAGACGUCCUCUCCCUCUUCCAGCACCAUUCUUGAAGCGACAACCUCCUACUCUUCAUCCACCGAUCGUCCUUCCAACGCUCAGCCUAGCUCACGAUCGCUCUGUGAUAACGGCACGCCCGCCUUCCCUGACAAUCAUGGCUAUCUCAGUGCGAGCUACGAAGCCAAAGGCAAACGUAGAGCCAGCGAGGAAGACAUCAGCGUCUCGCAUUCCGAUGAUAUUCGUCAUCUCUCCGAAGGCUUAGACGAUAUCUCCAUCGACUCGGCGACCUCAUCGCCAUCCCAACUGCAUUCGUCAACCUCCGGACUGGGCUCUCGAGGAGCAACUCCAGAAGACUCAGCGUCAGUUAAACCACCAGAUCGAGAGCGACGUUUCAGAAAGGGUCGGGAAAGUGUUUCCCGCUCCGUCGCGCCCAGUCCGCUGCGCUCCGCUUUGAACGCUUCACCGACCACAGGCAGUGCAUCCCAGUUCGUCUUGCUCCUUGGUCAGCCUGCCUCAGUCUCCGCCUCGCUUUCUGCACCCAACAAGAGUUCAACGGCCACCACAUCUGCCGCAUUACCCUCCCUCUACAAGGCCAGCCGUGGCCGAAGUGCCAAUGUCAGUCCCAGUCGUAGAUGGGAUCGUCGCGGUGCCAGCGCUACUGUCCUCAGCGGCGCCAGCGCAAGUGGCAGCGGUGGCGAAGGCGACGAACCGAGUGACGAAGACACCACAAGUCGACCAGUUGGACAACAGCACAGAACUGACGAGCGAGAGAUCCGGCCCUCCUCGCGCUCAUCGAACCGUCGCCUCUCGGUCCCAAGGGAAGAGGCCCUUUUUCCUUCUGACGACGACGACGACGACGAAUCACCACCGUUCUCGCCUACAGAAGAAGUAAGAAGCGGGCCUCUUGACCAGAUCGAAAAGCAUCGCCGCCGGUCACGACGCUGGUCCAGCACCGAGCGCGAUCGCCGACGAGGCAUGCGCAUCCUCUUGCAGGAACGCAAGAACGAGAUUCUAGACUCUGUCGAAACGCUGCGUGUCUCACGAUCCAAAGCUUCCGGCCGUGGCCGAACUCGAUCCACGACGCGUGCCAACAGCGCCAACGAGGACGACUGCUCCGACCUCGAAACGUCCUCCUUGCCCUCCAGCUGCACUAGCAGCUGCGAUCUCAAUUACGUCCCAUCGCGAUCGCGUGCAGAAACGGUCGCCAUUCCUAUCAAGGAAGCCAGAAGCCGCAGGAGCAGUCCGAGAGGCGGUGCACAAGAUGCUUCGGUGAGCGUUGCAUCCAGUCUGGGCCAAGUACCUUCUUCCACCGAUGGUAGCGACGAUCGUUCGCCUGCUGCAUCAACGCCGUCCACCUCGCUCAUCCAGCGGAGCCCUCCUGGUUUCACUGCGCUCAAGCCUAUAGUCGCUAUUCCGGUGCUUUCCGACUCCGACCCUCUCCUCGGUCUGUCCACGCCCAGCGUUGAAGACAUGAUCCAGGUAGACCAGGUCGAGUUCUUCCCCGAGGAAGCCAUCUCAGCACAGCUCGCCUCAGCCAAAGUCAAGCGAAAAACGUCACCAAAGCGCUCCAAAAAGUCCUCCUGGAUCAUCGGAGACUUUGAGAGCGAGCCUGAGAGCGAUGAAGACCCCAAGCCGGCGAAACGUAGCCUCGACAGUGCCGUUGACCGCCGCAACGUCACCGCCAUCAGCAGUUCGCCUCCGUCAUCAUCGCCGAGCAGCUACCAGGCCCGCCUGGCAAGCCUGCAAAGUCAGCUUCGAAUCUGGUCUCGCACUCAGGACGCUCCUGUACAAUCCAGAGUCCGCCAAAUUUCGUCUGGCUCCGAGGAUCAAGCGGAUGCUGAAGCUGAUGCCAAAGAAGGCGAAUCGAAUGGCGCCAGUCUCUUGUCCGCCAGCUGGCGAAAUUUGACGCGGCUGCCGAACCUCAUCCUCUUGCCCGGUCUCGCUGCAAGACAAGCGCGCGAAUCUCUCGCCUCGGCGUCGAAAGCUCAAACCAACGGCUCCGACGGCAGCAACUCUGACGCUGCCGCUCCCUUGUCGUCGAACGACGACUUUGCGCAAAUUUAUCGACUUGCCAGCGCCAGUCAAGGCCUCCCAGACGAAAAGACGCUACAAGCUCAACGCGACGUGGCUCUGAAGACUGGGAGGCCGCCCUCGCCAUCGCCCAGCCCGUCUCCUCCCACGUCUCUUCUAGGCUCACGUCAGAGCAGCAACGACAGCAUCAGCACCACCGAUAGAUCGAUCCAGACAUACGGUCUGCCCGGUAAUUCCCGUCGUGGUAGAGGUGUUGCAUCACCUCUCGAAGCCGACCGCGAUCCGUCUGCCUAUGUGUCUGGUCUCGGCCAGCCCAUCGACCCUGAUACCGAGCUGUCAUCCGUCGUGCAGCUUCAGACCUUCCGCAGUCGAAGCAGGAGCCGACCAGCAGACGUAGGCCAAAGAGGUCGCUCUGACCAACAGCCACGCAGCGCCUCACCGCGUCAUUCUGCCGACAGGGAUGGUCACGAGUUGAGGCAAGGAAGGCUGUCUCCCAAGAAGCUUGGGCAGCCUGUCGAAUUGGAACCAACUCAUGAGGAGACGGCGCAGGGCCCUAGUGGGAUCCCUGCCAAAGCUGCGGCAUGGUCGUCAGCGUGCACGGCAAGAGCACCAGAGCUGCUCGCAGUUCAGAUUCCAACACCAGACAUUAACGGAUCUCUCGCAAGAUCGCGGCUCGGACGGCACGAUGUUUUUGGCGAAGGCCCGAAGCCGACAGACACUGCGUCUGCUCCCACUUCACCUACCUAUCGAAAGCAGGCUCUUUCGUCUUCGGCGACAACCAGUGGCGAUGAGACCGACAGCGUCCCGUCGCCGCCGAGCCAGGGUGGAAUGGAGGGGGAUGCAUCCCUCGACGUGGAUGGAUUCCGCGUUGUGCGGCGCAGAAAUCGUCGAAGAUCUUCCGGUCCCAAGUCAUUGCGACCUAAGGUCGACGCACUCGUCCCGCAAGGCUAUUCUGCUUUUGCCAUCGAUGAAAGCGAGGAAGCUGCAGAGGGAGCGGAAUCGGAUGGCGAGACGACGCCUUCGCCCACGCCAGCUCGUAGGAGCCGAGCUCGGCGUGGACGUGCCUCUUCGCCUCACCGGUCCACGCGUCAAUGCGCUGUGGGUCUGUUUGGCGGAGGCAUGCCCCAGACUCACUCCUCCUCCUCCUCGAAGGAGUUUUCUCCGUCAUCCUCUCGAUCGCGUCGGAGCGGGAACAGGGAAGGAUCGCAUAUCAGCAUCUCUACACCUAUUCGCAGCGUUCGAUCGUCGCCUGACCUCACGUACGCCGCAGCAGCUGCUGUCAAUGCUGCACUCGGGGGAGACCAGGAAGGCGAAGCACAGACCAAAGGAGAACCCUCCCCACCACGUGGAUCGAGGGGACGCAGGGGGGCUGUCAAGGUCGUUGCGUCUUCGGUCGGACAGCGUGCACCACCUCCUCAACCUCUGUUGCUCAGUGGAAUGGAGGGCUUGCGUCGAGGACCCUCGUACCCACCUCGUGCCGGCGAACGCUUCGAAGAUGGAGCUGCCGCUGGGACUGAGGCAUGGGAGGAAGACCCAUCAUCGUCGACCUCAGGAGGUGCUGCGCGCGGCGGACGUGGUCGUAGUGCGUCCAGCCCUACCUGCGGCAACGCAUCACCGCAACCCUUGCGCUUCCGACUUCUGAGCAACUCGUCGCAUCUGCUCAUGCUGUCGCUGGAACUCGACAUGAUCAAAAAGCAAAAGAUUUCGGCGCCUCUGAAGCCACGCUGGGGCAAGCAUCGUGCCAACGACUUCAAUCCGCUGCCUUCCACCAUCUCGUCCGCAUCAUCUGCCGCCCUCUACGCCACGUCCAAGUAUCUCCGCUCGCCCUUCACGGCCUCACGUGACGACAAGGAGGUUGACGGUAGUGACGACAACGAGACGGAAGCGGGCGAGUGUCACAAUGCCCGAUGUUCGCCAUGUGAUCAAGUCGGGUCUCAGGUAGAGUUGGUAGCCCCAUCGCUCACGAUUGGCACAGCUGCAGCCGCAGUAGCGGUUCAUCGACCGGCGGGCUCGUCGAUGGCGUCCGGGCUGCGCAAUCCAAGAAGCAGACUGCGCUACUCGUGGAGCGUUGCAGACAUCGCUUCGGUACUAGAUACCGCCGCAUCCGUCUAG